AUGGCACCUGACCGCACAAAUGGUACAACUACCAACCAAACACAUAGGGCUCACGGACGUGGUCCACAAUAUCAACGGCCAGCUGGAUCUUCCUCUACUAAAAUGGCUUCCCAUUCAGGUGCUAAGGAACGUCAGGAUCCGGAUGCUGACGGAGAAAUUUUUAUUGGUCAUUUUGUAAAAGGCGCACCUGAGCUUCUAGCCAGUAUCACCCUCAACAUACACAAGGAUAUCAAUACUUACUAUGUUGACACAUCAGUAACUGUGGGACCUAUAGGCAAUUCCUUUUGGAAGCCUUACAAGAGAUUUCGACGGAACUGUGCAAAGGUUCUGACCAAUGAAAUGAAUUCUGAGUUACAAUCUGGUGGAUUUGGGACCACCAUGCGGGAACUUGUGGAAAGUAUGACUGAGGAACUCAGCUCGAAGCCACAACUUUUCAGGAAAAGCUGUCAGCUCCAAACAAUACCUGUUGAUACAACUACAGUAGCCCAGAGACAAGUUGCUAUACAGAUCUGUGCUUCUGAAUCUUUGCAUAGAACACCGUUGGACACUACAAACCACACCAGAAACUUUGGGCCUGACAUUGAAUUGAAAGUCAAUUUGCUGCAAGUGACCUCAACAACACCAAUCCCUGAUUUCUUUUCCCCAAGACCUUUCUUUCCCGCUGUCCUCAAGCACCAGAAUACAGCGGACCAUCAGAAUCAUCAUGGAAACUCUUCAAAAGGCAAGCAACGUACAUUGAUUGGUCACAAUUACCUCAACUCACCUCAAAUGACUUUGGCAAUCAACUGGCGCCCUGCUAGCAACAUUGGCUCCAACCCCAUGGGGGUACAGUUCAACUUGUCAAGUCGUGAGGUACUGUAUCCAGCAACUGCUUUAUCCCCAGAGCAGAAAUUACACCACCCUGAAGCAAAUGUAUCACCAAAUUCCAAUAACUCUGCCUUGAACUCAAUCCGAUACAAUACAUCAGCUAAGACACUUGUGGCAGCUGAUGCUGAUGGUGUAGUCGUUAUCUAUAGUCUCUGCUCAACCUCCCCUCAGCUCAAUAUUGAUAUCACUCCUUGUAUACACCUGUAUGACAACACUUUCUCCUUAACUGGUUUGGCUACUAUGGGCCCCUUGGGUAACAGUUAUUGGGAACCUUACCACCUCUUCCGUGAAGAGUGUACCAGAAUUAUCACCAGAUCCUUGACCUAUGCGCUGCAGUCAAACUUUCUGGGGUGGGAUAUUCCAUUCCUGGCAAAGAAGGUGCAAAAAGAAUUGGAGUCAGACCCAGGCCUUCUUUACAAAAGCUGUCAAGUUGAAGCAACCUCAUCUGACAAUGCUACACACACACACAGAGAACUUAUGACACAAAUCAGUCUUGCUCUCAACCAUCCUAUGCAGCUCAGGCACUACAGGAGAGAUCUCUACCUGUCCUGCAAAAACCGUGGGUGGACAACUGUGAGAUUACCUGCACGGUUGGGAGUGGAUUUGACCUUCCAAGUCCCAAAGUUGGGGGUCAGUGAAACCAUGCCAGAUCAUGAAUCUACAACUGCCCCAAGUGUAUCCUCUUCAAGUGCUCCUUACCCUGAGCGUGAGGACAAGGAUCACACCGCGCUUGAGUCUCAUACUGCCACCGAGGUCAGGCAGCAUGUCAGCCCAACAAACAAUACCAUGGAUAUUCACAACAUGGGGCCAUUGUCCAUAUCAUAUCCUCCAAGCUCUUCAAUUCAAGUGUUCCAGUAUGGAAUGACAGAUCAUGGACUUGCACCAUCACAAGUACUUCUACCCAUACCUCCAGAAGGAGCCAAUGUUCAUGUGUUAGGCUACCCAUACACAAAUGAAGCAGUUCCAACUUAUGCUAAUGCCUCAAAUUACAUGUCCUCAGAUCCAGUGUCUUCAACACAUGGGGUUGUGUCAGGGUACACUGUAUGGUCUCAGCCAAUACAGCAGCCAGGAUGCCAGUCAGCACAACACCCAGUGCAACAGCAAGGACAACUGAUGGUACACCAACAAGUGCAACCAGCUUUCUGGCAAUCUGGUUUAUAUACAGCAAAGCCUGUAUAUCCUCACAGGCCAAUAUUGUUUCCAAGUGAAGGCUCAGGGUGGUCAGUACCACAGCCAUCUUCUGUUUCACAGCUUCAACAUGACGUUCAUCUUUGGCCAGCUAACCUGGGAACAGCUGCUAGGUACUCUGCAGACUAUGGUCACUUGGGAUACCAACAGCCCAAUGAGGGUUCCGAUCAAGAUCUUCAGCUGUUUACAGACAAUGACAAGUGGUACGGUGUGCUUCCAGGGUGGAACGUCCAUGUGGGCAUUCAGCGCCAGACUGGUACAGUACGUCUCCGACUGGGGACAAUCAGACAGCCCAGGAAGAUCGGUCCAGAAGCUACCAAGAUGCCCGAGACACCAGAAGACAUGGGCAGUCCAUCGAAAGCGAGGCGAGUAAUGUUCGGAGAUCAAGCGAUUGUCAUCGCCUUCCCACCAACCGUUCAUUUUGACAAUAUUGUCUACCCUAUAUCACCCACAAGUAACCUAUCAUCUAAUCUUGGAGUACCCACUACCUCUGCAGAACAAUUUCGUGAGAUGGCUCCAACAAUCACCAAAAUGGGACCAGUAUCCUCUCCCGAGUCAGACCUUCAGCUGCCUGGACCCCUCCCAUCCAUGCUCACAUACUCUGUACUAAAACGGGGAAGGCAUCUAUGGAUGGCGUUCAAUGCGGAACUUCAGACUCUUGAAGCUGGAGCUUCAAUCCCAGCCAUCAGAGACCAAAGCACAUCACUGUCUGACAUCCUGAGUGCCAAAGGGUGUACUGGUUCAGUGCGACUGCAUUACCAAGGACCUUCCAGAAUAGGGCCUAGGUUGGAUGAGUUCAUUGCUUGCGUGAGCCGCAUGUUCACUCAAGUACUUGACGAUGGGCUACAGAAGACAGUGGCCGAUUCUGCAUUCAGGGAUAGGAGAAGGUUAGGAUGGGAUCCCAAGGAAUACAAAAAGUCUUUAGUAAGUCUUGCUCCACAAACUUCAAAGGCAUUGCCUUUACGUACAGUCCUUGGUGAGGUUCAGGUGGUGUCACAAAAUGUGGAUGGCAGUGGGGAGUGA